AUGAGGUCAUUUUCCCUUCUUGUUCCUCUGCUGUAUUUGCCCUGGCUUCACUAUCCAUUCUCCAAUGCAACUGACACCAUAAAACCUGGCCAAUGGAUCAAUGGUUCGAAAACAAUAGUCUCUGCCGGCGGGAACUUUGAACUAGGGUUCUUCUCCCCUCCAGACUCCAACAGUUACUACGUAGGGAUAUGGUACAAGAAAGUUUCAUUUAAGACGGUAGUGUGGGUUGCUAACCGAGAGAACCCAGUCAGCAGUUCAUCUAGCUUUCUCACUAUCAACAACGACGGUAAUCUAAUCAUCGUGGAGGGGAGGCUAUCUAUCGCGCUGGCUUCCAGGUCAAGCCCUGGGAAGACUAGUGCUGCUACGCUGUUGGAUUCAGGUAAUCUUGUCUUGAGAGACAAUAACUCGGAUAUCUGGUGGCAGAGCUUCGAUUAUCCAUGUCAUACGUUUCUUCCUGGAAUGAAAAUGGGGUACAACAAAAAGACCGGGCAGAACUGGUCGUUAACUUCUUGGCGCUCAUUAGCAGACCCUGCCCCUGGAGGCUUCAAUCUGGUACUUGAUCCUGCUGGAACAAGCCAGUUUUUCAUCAUGAAGGAGAACGCUAUCAAGUAUUGGACUAGCGGACCAUGGAAUGGACGUAUUUUCUCCUUGGUUCCUGAAAUGAGAUUAGACUAUAUAUUCAAUUUCAGCUUUUAUGAUAGUGCAGAGGAAAGCUAUUUCACUUACUCUCUUUAUAAUUCAUCAAUUUUGUCUAGACUUGUGAUGGAUCUAUCAGGGCAGAUCAAGCAGUAUUCGUGGUUGGAAGGCGCACAACAGUGGUACUUGUUCUGGAGGGCUCCCAGAUGGCAGUGUGAUGUUUUUAAUCAGUGUGGGCCAUUUGGCGUCUGUCAAGACAAUUCCCUCCCCUUCUGUGGGUGUCUAAAAGGUUUCGAACCACGAUCUUUAAAAGAUUGGAACCACUCAGAUUGGUCUUCUGGGUGCGUGCGGACAAAGCCUUUAAGAUGUGAGAGUGAUACAGCUCCACAAAAUUUGGAUCAAGACAGGUUUCUGCAGGUGUACAACGUGAGGUUGCCUAUGGACCAACAAUACCGGGCACCCGGGAUUGCUAAGGAAUGCGAAUCGGUUUGCUUGAACAACUGUUCCUGCACUGCAUACACAUACUCCAAUGGCAAUUGUUCGCUAUGGUAUGGGAAUCUGUCCACUGUGGAACAACUAUCAGAGGAAGACGCUGGUGGAGAAGUGCUCUUUCUCAGGCUUGCAGCUUCCGAGUUUCCAAAACAUGCAAGUAAAUCAGACCCAGAUGGCUCGUUAAUUGGAAACAAGAUCAGGUUGGGGGCAAUUGUAGCAGGGUUAGCAACGGCAGUUCUUCUCUUGGUCUCCUACUUGUGUUACCGAUGGAGAAGAAAACUCCAAGGGAAAGAAAAGUGGCCAACAAGCCAGGAUUUGUUACUAUUUGAUUUCGGUAGUAGCAUUGGCGCUUCUGGUGAACACUCUAAGGAGGUUAGCUUGGGAAAACGUGGGAGCGAGGACGUCCAACUGCCACUAUUCAGUUUUACAAGUGUAUCAGCUGCCACAAAUAACUUCUCUGCUGCAAACAAGCUAGGAGAGGGUGGUUUCGGUCCUGUUUACAAGGGCAAAUUAUUAAAGGGACAGGAGAUAGCAGUGAAAAGGCUUUCCAGAAGAUCUGGACAAGGGUUGGAGGAAUUAAAAAAUGAGACUAUACUUAUUGCUAAACUCCAACACAGAAAUCUUGUUAGACUCCUCGGAUGCUGCAUCGAGAGAGAUGAAAAGAUAUUGAUCUAUGAGUACAUGGCAAACAAAAGCUUGGAUUUCUUCCUGUUUGAUCCAACCAAACGUUGGCUAUUAGAUUUGAGGAAACGUGCCCACAUCAUUGAAGGAAUUGGUCAGGGGCUGCUUUAUCUCCAUCAGUAUUCUAGACUACGAAUUAUCCAUAGAGAUCUGAAAGCCAGCAACAUCCUGUUGGAUAGUGACAUGACUCCCAAAAUUUCAGAUUUUGGCAUGGCAAGGAUUUUUGGAGGGAAUGAGUCACAAGCAAAUACAAAUCGGAUAGUAGGAACUUAUGGCUACAUGUCCCCUGAAUAUGCCAUUCAAGGCCUUUUCUCUACAAAAUCUGAUGUCUUCAGCUUCGGAGUUUUGAUGCUAGAGAUUCUGACAGGCAAGAGGAACACUGGUUUUUAUAGUCCUGACUCUGUCAAUCUUAUUGGAUAUGCAUGGGAGUUGUGGAAAAGUGACAAGGGGUUGGAAUUGAUGGAUCCAAUUUUGGGUGAUCUGACGUCCAUGUCUGUAUCAUUGAGAUACAUCAACGUCGCCUUACUGUGUGUGGAAGAAAGUGCAACAGACAGACCAACCAUGUCUGAUGUUGUCUUGAUGCUUAGCAAUGAACUUGCAGUUCUACCUUCACCUAAGCAACCUGCUUUCUGUAAUGGUGGAAGUUUGGCAGUAAUAAACUCUGAUAUGAGCAAGACCAGAAUUUGUUCAACAAACAAUGUUACAGUUUCGACAAUGGAAGGGCGAUACAUAGCAAACAAUGAGAUUCCUCCUGUUGUGCAACAACAAGUUGCAAUUACAGCAAGGCCUAAAGAUACACCAUCAAAUCCGUUUUACCUUCAUCCGAAUGAGAAUCCAUCUCUGGUGUUAGUUUCACCAGUUUUAUCAGGGCCUAACUUUCAUUCAUGGUUCGGAUCUAUGCAAAUGGCUUUACUUUCAAAGAAUAAGCUUGGUUUUGUUGAUGGAAACAUAUUAAUUUCUUCGAAGGAUGAUCCUACUUAUCCAGCCUGGCAAAGAUGCAACACUAUGGAUGAAUAUGUUACUCUUAAUCCUAUUCUAGUUUGCACUUGUGAGCCCCAAUGUUCUUAUCAAGCACUCAAAGAUGUUAAGAAAGCUUAUCAAAAUGAUUAUUCUAUCAGAUUCUUGAAAGGCCUCAAUGAUAAUUUCUCAACAGUUAGGUCACAAAUCUUCUUGAUGGGUCAUUUGCCUAACAUUAACAAAUUGUUUUCUUUAGUGCUUCAGCAUGAAAGACAGUUCAAUAAUCCUGUGAUUAAGCUUGAGGAACCAGCCUCUGUGUUCUUGACUCAAGGACAAGGAUCUAAUUACAAUCGAAGACCAUUUGUUCCACAAAAUUCACAGCAAUCUCAGAGAUCUUUUUCCUCUUCUAACUCUGGUUCAGGAACCACUAAUUCAAGAAGGUCCUAUGCCAAUACAGGAUCUAAGCCAAUCUGUAGCUAUUGUAAUACUCCAGGACAUACAGUUGAAACUUGCUAUAAAAAGCACGGAUAUCUAGUUGGCUAUAAAGGAGGAAGAGAUAGAACUAAGUUUGAUACUAGAGCUGAUCCUUGUGUAUUUCUUAGCUAUCCUUCUGCCACUAAAGAUAAUUCAGACUUUGUUCUUCCCACAGAAUAUGCAGUUCCUUUAGCAAAACCCUUUCCACCUUCUUUUACAUCUUCACCUACUAAUCUUCCUCACAUCACAACUUUACCUCUCACUAAUCAAUCACCACCACUUACCACUUCUGAUAAUACCACUGUUGAUUCACCCCCUUCUACUAAUGUUUCACCAGAUUCUAUACAAAAUGGCAGCAUUGAAAGAUACAAGGCAAGAUUAAUUGCCAAGGGCUAUACUCAACAAAAUGGCAUUGAUUAUCUUGAUACUUUUUCUCUGGUUGCAAAAAUAACAACUAUUAGAUCUUUACUUGCUGUUGCAGCUAUUAAAGAUUGGCAUUUGCAUCAACUGGAUAUCAACAAUGCCUUUUUGCAUGGUGACUUACAUGAAGAAGUUUACAUGACUCUUCCCCCAGGUUUUGAAACUUCUGAUCCUUCAAAAAUGUGCAGAUUAACUAAGUCACUCUAUGGUCUCAAUCAGGCAAGUAGACAAUGGAAUAAAAAACUCACUGAUGCCUUGUUGUCUCAAGGAUUCAUUCAGGCAAUUUCUGAUACUUCUCUGUUCACAAAACAAACUGGUUCUCAUUUUAUAGCCUUGCUAAUUUAUACUGAUGAUGUCAUUUUGGCAAGUGACAACAUUGAUUUGAUAAAUGAGGUCAAAAAGUUCUUACAUGAUGCUUUUAAAAUUAAAGAUCUCGGCCAAAUCAAGUUCUUUCUUGGCUUAGAAGUUGCCAGAUCCACGACUGGCAUUAAUCUCAGCCAAAGGAAGUAUGUGAUUGAUCUCUUGGAGGAAACAUGUUUUAUAAACAGCAAGCCAGUGUCUACUCCUAUGAUUACUUCUCAAAGACUUGAUAAAGAUGCCGAUCUUCAUAUGCAAGCUGUACAUAGAAUUCUUCGAUACUUAAAAGCUAGUCCUAACCAAGGUAGUCUAAUAUCUUGGAAAUCCAAGAAGCAACAAACUGUUUCCAAAUCUUCCUCUGAAGCUGUGUAUCGUGCCCUUGCUGCUGUUACAUGUGAAGUUCAAUGGCUUAUUUAUUUAUUAGAAGAUUUGCAGAUUCCUCAAGUUGCUCUUGCUCUUGUUUUUUGUGACAAUCGAUCAGCUCUUCACAUUGCUCGUAAUCCAGUUUUUCAUGAGCGUACAAAACAUAUUGACAUAGAUUGCCACAUUGUAAGGGAAAAAUUGCAAGCUGGUUUGAUUCGCCUGAUGGCAAUAGCUUCUGAAGACCAAUUAGUUGACUGCUUCACUAAGCCCUUGCCACCUCACUCAUUUAAUAGUUCAAUCUGCAAGCUGGGCAUUCAAAAUUUAGAAUUAUCUCUCUCUCCAAAUUCUGUUAUAUAUGAAGUAAACAACAGGGAUUCUAAAGCGCUAGAAAGUGAGGUGAAUGUUCCAGAGCUGUCUACAUUCAGUUUUAGUGGCAUACAGGCUGUAACACACAACUUUUCUGAAACAAAUAAAUUGGGAGAGGGUGGGUUUGGCCCUGUUUACAAGGGAAUCUUGCCCGAUAGUCAAGAAGUAGCAGUCAAAAGUCUUUCUAAGGAGUCAGGACAAGGAUUCGAGGAUUUCAUGAACGAGCUAAAACUAAUCGCCAAGCUCCAGCACAGAAAUCUUGUUAGACUCUUGGGCUGUUGCAUUCAAGGAAAAGAAAAGAUACUGAUAUACGAGUACAUGCCCAACGAAAGCUUGGAUAAGUUUCUAUUUGAUCCAACCAAACAAUCAGAUUUGGAUUGGUGCAUGCGGUAUAACAUUGUACAAGGGAUUGCUCAAGGUCUUCUUUAUCUUCAUAAGCACUCCAGAGUAAAAGUCAUUCAUAGGGAUUUAAAAGCAAGCAACAUAUCAGAUUUUGGGAUGGCCACCGAAGCAAACACCAACAGAUUGGUUGGGACAUUUGGGUACAUGUCACCCGUAGCUGAGGAUGGGAUCUUCUCUGAAAAAUCAGAUGUGUUCAGCUUUGGGGUGCUAUUGUUGGAAAUUGUGGUGUAUCCUACCAAUCAAACCCUAUCUUUAGUGGGAUACGCAUGGCAACUAUGGAAAGAGGAUAGACCGGUGGAACUGAUUGAUCCUUCAAUUAGGGGGUCAUGUAUUCCGAAUGAAGUUGUGAAAUGUCUUCAUGUGGGGCUGCUGUGCGUCCAAGACCGAUCAAUUGAUCGACCAACAAUGUCUUCUGUCAUUUCCAUGUUGGGUAAUGAGAGUGCAAUCUUGCCAAUGCCUAACGAACCUAGAAACACUACUGUUCUUCUUCAAGCACGAUUGACCAUGAUUCAAUAA